UGUUAGUCUGCAAACGUAUCGCAAGUCUAUGUGCAGUGUUUGUUGUGAUUCAGUGUUUGACUGUCAGUAGUGUUGUCUCACUUCUCACUCAAUACUAACCACACAUUGACUUGACUUUGAAAUAUGAGUGAAACGGUGAACCAAAACGAGUCCACCGGCCAUAAGAGUGCACUCGUAGUGAAUGGAGACACAGAAGUGGACGAUUUGGUGACCAAAUGGGCGUUGGAUGACUGGACACAACUGUACAGAAUUGCCAUUAAGUUCUACAGAGACAAUGAGAGCAAAGCCUUUCACCCGACAUAUGACACUCGCAACCAAUUCAUGGCUUUUAUACUACAAGAAAAAUACGGCAAUUUUGACACAAAUAAAGCCAAACCGUUGGGUACUCUCGAUAUCGUCGGCAAAGAUCGCCGAAAUUCGUGGAUAUCUCUGAUAAAUACGGACAAACAGUCGGCGCAAAGAGGUUUUGUGCAACUUUUGAACCAAUUGUGUCCACUGUUUGAUCCGUACGUAAAAGCAAUGAAAUUGGAUUUCGACGAAAAGGAAAGACUGAGACGAGAGGCACAAGAGUUGGAGGACAAGAGGGCCCAAGAGUUGCACGAAAAGGAGAGAUUGGAGUUGGAGUUGAAGAGGGCUUCGGAACGGGAGACGAGGGAACGGGAGGAACAGAAACGUGCCAUUCAAGAGGCCCUCAAUCGACAAACGAUACAACAAUUUAAGUCUUACGCCGAACAACAAUAUCCGGGAAAUAUUGAGCAACAAAACGAUUUGAUCCGUCAAUUACAAGAACAACAUUAUCAGCAAUAUUUGCUACAAUUAGGGGAACAACAGCUCACACGGACUCACAACCAGAACAUGAAUAACACGAAAAACAAUUUCGUCAACAACGAGACGACUGUUAGGCCGACAAAUAACUCGCAAUCAAAUACUUUAGUCACACAAACCGUUACACUGGAGCCACAGAUGAUGGCACCGGACGACCAGCACAACAACCACUUGGAGCCGACCACUGGCUCUGAGAGCGACUCCGAAGAUGAGAGUUUUGGUCCGAUAGCGGGCGCCUCGAUGUGGACCCGGAAGGACAUCGCACUCUUCAAGGAGUCGAUUCGCUCGGAAGGGGGCGACGGUAUCAUCAAAGUAGGACACGGAGAGAUCGUUACCGUACGGGUGCCCACUCAUAGGGACGGCACCUGUAUUUUCUGGGAAUUCUCUACCGAUAGCUAUGAUAUCGGUUUCGGAUUACUAUUUGAAUGGACCAAAAAUCCCGGCAAUCAGGUGUCGGUUCACAUCAGCGAAAGUGAAGAUGAAGACGAGGAUGAAGAGGAAGGUGAAAUAGCUUUGCCUAACGAUAUAGAAAAGGGCGCUUCACUGGACCCGGAAAAGGAGGCCAUGUCUCCUAAGAGCCAAACAGACAGUUCGCCCAUAAGUGUAAUCAUUCCUAUCUAUCGAAGGGAUUCUCACGAAGAAGUAUUCAGUGGUUCCCACGUCUAUCCCGGUUCGGGCGUCUAUUUGUUGAAAUUCGAUAAUUCAUACUCUCUUUGGCGAUCAAAAACACUUUAUUACAGAGUUUAUUACACGCGAUAAAAGUGAUUCGUUUUUCAAUUAACUUAUUGUCAAGAUUUACGUGAAUAGCAGUCAACACAACACUUUCAUUCAUUC